AUGAAUGCAACUGAACAAAUGCAGAUGCUCGUGAACGGUCUUAAAAUAAAGACCAAACAGCUGAUUGAUACCGCAACCGGUGGUUCCACAAAUUUUUCAAUAGCCACUGGUAUCAAAAAGAUCAUUGAAGCUAUUCCUGCUAAUGAGCACAUGGAGUUGUAUGAUAGGUGUCAAAGCAAGCCAGAAGGGGUUAUAGAUUUAAAGCUGGAAACUAAUAAAAUCCAUAUUAAAGAUACUAUAACUGCUGAAGUUGAUAAGAAGCUGAAGGCGAUGAAUAUAGCUUCGAGUUCUCAAGCACAAGGUGCUCUACCUAGUGCAACCGUGACAAACCCUAGAAAGCAUAAUAAUGUGAGCACGGUGAUAACACAAAGUGGUAAAUCUGAUGAAGUUGUUGAGGAAGGGGAUGAAGAGGAAGACCAAUUGAUCGAAGUGGACCUUGAGAUCAAAGAAAAUGAAGUUGUUAGGGAAGCAGUGGUAGCACCGAAACCGGUUGUGAAAGAAACAAUCAUUGAGCCCAAGUCGGUUGUUAAACUCCCUUUCCCCACUAGAAACAAGAAAAAAGGACAACAUGAGAAAACCUUUGAAAAAUUCUUAGAGUUGUUCAAGAAGCUGGAGAUUAACAUUCUGUUGUUGGAGGGUAUGAAGAUUCCAAUAAAGAAGGAGGAUCGAGGAGCUGUCACUAUCCCAUGUACUAUUGGAGAUAGGUCAUUCAACAAAGCUCUUAUUGAUUUGGGAGCUAGUGUGAGUCUCAUGACAUUAUCUAUUUACAAGAAGCUUGGUAUAGGGGUUGUGCAAGAUACCAGAUGA